UAAAGGUAUUUUGGUAAAUUAGUAAAUACUGACUUUCCCACAUAGAUUUUAAAAGAAUUUUCCCCAUUUCAUUCUUCACUUCUCUUUCUAAGAAAACCCUCCCUCUCCCUCUGUUUUCUCUUCUUCCCUCACGUGUUCCUCCAUCCUUCACCUCAAUUUAUCUAAUUCUUCUCAAAUCAAGUAGAAAUCAACAUUCAAUCCCAUUUUCACACUCCAAUUGGCAAACUAAACUAGAAUCCAACUUUAAAUUUCUUCCCCUCCCUUUUAUUCCUCUCCGCCGAACCCUCUUUAAGAAAGAAAAUUGGAAAAGUUCAUUGUUUAAGCUCAUCAAAAACAUUGCAUGUGAAGCCUGGCUGAUUUGUUGUGUUGUUUGGUUGUUGCAAGAGCUUGGGUACUGACUACUGACUAUGGGUGAUUCAUUCUCUAAAGGAAGUAGUUGAAGUGGAAGGUUGAGAGAAAGCUAGGGCUUUAUCAAGGAAGUUGAUGCAUAAACUAAAAGUUGAAAUUUAAGCUAAACUAAGUUGUUCUGAGACUAGGGCUGGUACAAAGAUUAUGGAUGAUGAAAAAGGGUUUCAAGGGGAUAUUAGAAGUGGUUUUUGCUGCUAUUUGGAAUGAGAACAUGUAAACAGAAGCAAGAAUCAAUGAUUGAGCUAGGAAAUUUAGAGAAAGAAACAAUAAAAUGGUGUAGGGGGAUACUCAGGAAUAGCCAAACUACAAUUCAGGUUCUCAAGGUAGCUAUUAAUGCAGUCGAUGAUGGGCACGCCGGACUUCAGGAUGUAAAGCCUGUUGUUGUUGAAAAAAGAGUAAGAAAGAUAGCUCCGAUUCUAACGAUGAAGAUGAUGAUACAAGCUCGGAAGAAGAGAAGAAACUUGUGGCUGCUAAGAAAGAGGAACCACUUAUGCUACAGUUCUUAUCCGAGUAAUAUUUACGGAAGGAUGCAAAUCAGUAGCAGCUGGAAUGAAUGCAAUGGAUCUGAGACGAGGUAUAAAUAUGGAUGUUGAUGCUAUUGUGACAAACUUGAAAAGCAGAGCAUGAAUGAUCGACACUUCUGAAGAAAUAGCUCAGAAUAUUGUCUGCGAUGCUCCAACUCAGUCACUGAACCUUGAGAAGGUUGAUACAUUUGCUGAAUCCUCGAAAUCAGUUCCGAUUCCUACGGAUCAUUGUAGCUUUUCUCACAGUACUAGAAAAGUUUUCUAAUGUAGUUAUUGGGUGGUUGCCCAUGUAUGGAGAAUUGAAGCUUGCCCUAUUCAUAUUCAUGUGGUAUCCCAAAACUAAGGCCUAGAGGCGGUCGAGGUGGAGGUCCUGCCUUGCUGAAUCGUGGCACUGGGUUCCUAAAUCCUUCACUUUGCUCGGGCCGUUGCUCACUUAGCUCAUCUCACUUGGCUGCUGCAAACAGAUAGAUGGAAGACAAUGAUAUUACAAGGGGCAGUGGAAGAGGUGCUGGUAUAAGCAUCAACAAAGUUAAGGGAAAUAAGGGAGGUAAGCAUAAAACUACUCUGUCACAUUCUUCUAGAUUACAAGCACCUAGGCCUGCAGACACCCAACAAUCCCUAUCUACAAAGCAACCUACACAUUAUCCCAUAUCUCAAACACAUACUAACUUCCUACCUUUCCUCUCUACUUCAAGUCCACAAAUGUCUACUGUCCAUGCUCCCACUUCUCAAAUACCUACAAAUACCCAACAACCCCACUCUACAAUGAAACCUACACAUCAUCUUACAUCUAAAACACCUUCAAAUAUCCAACAAUCCGUAUUUACAAAGCAACCUACACAUCAUCCCAUAUCUCAAACACAUACAAACUUCCCACCUUUCCUCUCUACUUCAAGUCCACAAAUGUCUACUGUCCAUGCUCCCACUUCUCAAAUACCUACAAAUACCCAACAACCCCACUCUACAAGGAAACCUACACAUCAUCUUACAUCUAACACACCUUCAAAUAUCCAACUUCCACAACCUACAAGGCAACCGAAACAUCAUCCCAUAUCUCAAACAUUUACAAAUUUCCCACCUUUCCUCUCUACUCCAAGUCCACAAAUGUCUACAAUUCAUGCUUCCACCUCUCAAAUACCUACAAAUAUCCAAUCUCCCCACUCUACUCCUAGUCCACCACAUCUUUCUAAUACACAUAGACCAUAUGAUGUUGUAUCUAGUGGUGAUCCACAUGCAUCAUCAUCAUCAUGUGAUGAUUCGUAUCUGAUAGCUGGGAGUACAGAUCCUACUGAUAGGCGUAUAUGGAUCCGUCCGGGACCACAGUUAACGUUUGAGCUUGCUGUUAAGCCCCCACGUGACAUUACAAAGAUUAUGAAACGUUUGUUUCAAGGGACUUGGGCAACUUAUGGAGAGUUAAUGAAAAAUGACACGGCUCUUGCAGACUUGUGGUAUAACGAGUUUCAGAGGAUAUAUAAGUGGCUUCCUGAGCAUGAUCAAGACAUAAAGAAGACUUAUCAUCAUAAGGCAUCUGAUGGGUACCAAAAUACAAUGUAUCGGGUACGAAGAGGAAUGGACAAAGGCGAAUGGAUCCCUGCUCUAUUGCGUGAAAAAUUGGAACAAAAUUGGGAAGAUAGUAAAUGGAAGGACAAAGCAGCAGUUAAUAAGCGAAAUAGAAGAUCCUCUAAUGGUCCAUUGCACACUUGUGGGUCAAUUCCAACAAUUGAACAUUCUAAAAGAUUAAAAACUGACUCAAACAUGACUCCAAGUUGUUGGGAAGUGUAUCUAAAGACACACAAAAUGAAAGGUGAUCCAUCAAAGUGGGUAUCCUCCAAAUCUCAAAUGGUUGCGGAUGAAUAUGAAAGACAGAUUUUUGAAAGGAACUCACAACAAACAGAGGGGGAUGAUGUGUCUAAUGACCAUCAGUUAGACAAUUUCAUCUUCUUGGACGUAGUUGGAGGAGUUGACAAGAAAGGACGUAUUUAUGGUUUGGGGACAGAGGCAGGAAAAUACAAGCCUUCUUCAUCCAGGUCAUCUGAUGGCAUCUCACCAUCUGAAUAUGAUCAUAUGAGGACUGCAAUAUCUAAAAUGUCAGCUGAAAACAUGGAACUCAAGGAACGGUUGAAGACUAACGAGGAAUUGAUUUGUGCAUCACAGGAGGAGUCACAUUUAGCUCGAGAGCAAGCACAACAGUCACAAGAGGAUUCACGAUUGCUCCGAGAGCAGUUCCAUAAAUUAAUGGAGUCUUUUACACAAAGCCAUUCGCAUCUACCUCUUUAUCAACCUCAUCGUUCGAGUUAGGAUUAACAUCUGUGUCCACCUACUUGAUUAUUUAUCAUAUUAUUUUGAAAAUUUGAUUAUAACUUUUAGUUUAAAGGAAAUGUUCUAAUACUAUUUAGUAAUUAUUUCAAUAUAUUUUGAUGCAAAAGAUAAGUAGUGUGAUUCUUGUGAACGCAAUCAAAAAGGUUUUUCAUCAAAUAUUAAUGUGAUUUUUAUCGUA